AUGGCGCUCCUCGCCGCCGUCCGCCGCCUUCCUCGGGCCCUCCGGCUCCUAAAGCCUCACCACCUCCGCACCACCUCUUCCUCCGCCUUCUUCGGCGACUCCGAGGGCUCCGCGCCCGCCUGGGAGCCGCGGUCCCCCGUCCGCUCCCCGCCGGACGACCAGUUCGCGGCGUGGGUCACGCGGCUCCGCCCGGGCUUCACCGCGUGCGACCUGGCCGACGCCAUCAACUCCGAGCAGGACCCGGACCUCGCGCUCGCGCUCUUCCGCUGGGCGGGGCUCCGCCCGGGCUUCCGCCACGCGCCGGCCUCCUACAUCGCCGCCCUCAACGCCGCCUCCUCCGGCAAGCGCCCCGUCGCUGCGGAGAACCUCAUCCACGACGUGCUCGCGGGGGCCUGUCCCCCCGACCUCCAGCUCUUCAACGCCUGCCUCCGCUUCUGCUGCGACCGCCGCAGCCUCUUCCCCGUCGCAUUCGACGUGUUCAACAAGAUGCGCGCCCUCCCGGCCAACGCCGGCUGCCGCCCCAACGUCGAGACCUUCACGCUGCUCCUCAGCACCGUGGUCCGCCGCGUCCGCCGCCCGCCGGCGUCGCUGGUCUACCUCCACGCCGUCAGGUCCCUCUCCCGCCAGAUGAAGGCCACGGGCGUCGUCCCGGACACCUACCUGCUCAACCUCAUCAUCAAGGCGUACGGGCGGUGCCUCGAGGUGGACGACGCCCUCAAGGUGUUCCGCGAAAUGCCCCUCUACGGCUGCGACCCCAACGAGUUCACCUACGGCUACAUCGUCAAGGCCAUGUUCCAGAAGGGCAGGACCGACAACGGGUUGCUGUAUCUCAAGACGAUGAGGGACAAGGGGUUCGUGCCCAGCGGUGGCGUGUACAUGUCCGCGGUGGCCGCGCUGGCGCUGGAAUGGAGGUUCGAGGAAUCGAGAGAGGUGCUUUUGGAUAUGCUGGAUAGCAAGAGGAAGCCGGACAUGAUCACUUACAGGACGCUGCUCGAGGAGCUGUGCCGAGCUACGCGGACAGAGGACGCGUUCCAGUUGCUGGAGGAGCUGAAAGAGAGGAAGCGAGGCGCGUUGGACCAGAGGAUGUACUCGGAAUUGCUCGAUGGGCUGCACUGGAUUUCUCAGCCACAGCAGAAUAGCUUUCCUCGCCGUGACAGGGGCUCUGCCUCUGAUGAUAGGGGAUCUGAUGACUGA